CAGUACUAGAAGAUCAUUAAAAAGACCCUCUGUUUAUCAAAGGAGUGAACUUUCAAAUACCUGAACCUUAGGUGGAAGCCUUCCCUUUCUGAUAUUUGUAAACGUUUGCUGGGGCUAGGGGAGAGAGUAACUUGGUCGGUUCAGAUAGGGUUUGUGUGUUUUGUAUGGGUGAACGGGUCUGGCUUUUGAAUCUGCCUGGAUGGGAUGUACAGUGAGUUUUAUUUGCUGUGAAGACGAGUUUCUGCAGAUGCAUUUGGACCAUCAUGAGGAAAAAAAGAAAGAAGAAACGAGUUUGCUCAAGCCCGAGGAGUUUGAGGCGGCCCACUCCCACACGUUCCGAGUGAAGACGUUUAAGAAGGGGAAGCACUGUGCUGUGUGCAAGCAGAUUGUCAGCAAGGAGGGGCUCGUCUGCCGGGUUUGCCGACUGGCUAGUCACAAGAAAUGUGAAGCUAAGGUAUCCACGUCUUGUGUGCCUACUGCAAACUACGAACUGCCUCCCAGUAAUGAUAUUGCACUGAAGCAUGUAGACACAACGGGCUCAACAAAAUCGGCUAAGAGUGUGGAUUCCCGACACAGACCUUCACGGAGUCUGAGUCUAAUCCAAGCCAUGGAUGAGAGCUACGAUGUGGAUCUGGUCUACAUCACAGAGCGCAUCAUUUCCAUCUCUUUCCCGAGUGGCGCUGAGCAGCAGAGCUACAGGGCCAACCUGAAGGAGGUGGCGCAGAUGCUGAGGUCCAAACAUGGUGACAACUACUUGCUCUUUAACCUCAGCGAGAAACGAUAUGACAUCACCAAGUUCAACCCAAAGGUGUUGGAUUUUGGCUGGCCGGAUCACCAUGCCCCAGCACUUGAUAAGAUCUGCAGCAUCUGUAAAGCCAUGGACACUUGGCUCAAUACAGACCCUCACAAUGUGGUGGUUCUGCAUAACAAGGGUAAUCGUGGACGGACUGGUGUGGUUAUAGCAGCUUACAUGCACUACAGCAACAUCUCUGCCAGUGCAGACCAAGCACUAGACAGGUUUGCUAUGAAGAGGUUUUAUGAAGACAAAGUACUUCCUGUGGGCCAGCCAUCCCAGAAGAGGUAUGUGCAGUACUUCAGUGGCUUGCUGUCAGGAGCCAUCAAAAUUAACAACAAGCCUUUGUUUUUGCACCACGUCAUCAUGCAUGGGAUCCCAAACUUUGAAUCCAAAGGAGGUUGCCGCCCUUUCCUCAAGAUUUACCAGGCGAUGCAGCCAGUCUACACAUCUGGGAUCUACAAUGUACAAGGAGAUGGCCAAACCAGUAUCUGCAUCACAAUUGAACCAGGGCUUCUUCUCAAAGGAGAUAUUCUGCUGAAGUGUUACCACAAGCGGUUCCGCAACCCAACGCGUGACGUCAUUUUCCGAGUGCAGUUCCACACCUGUGCCAUCCAUGACCUGGGGGUCGUCUUUGGCAAAGAUGAGCUUGACGAAACCUUUAAAGAUGACAGGUUCCCUGAAUAUGGAAAAGUGGAGUUUGUCUUCUCAUUUGGGCCAGAGAAAAUACAAGGAAUGGACCACCUGGAGAAUGGCCCCAGUGUCUCAGUGGAUUACAACACCCAGGACCCUCUCAUCCGCUGGGACUCCUACGAGAACUUCAACCAGCGCUGUGAGGACACCAAUGAAGAUACAUCCCCCGUUUUAAACUGCAUGACUCCCCUGGGCUCUGAUGAUUCAGCUAAGUUCAAAAUGAAUAAACUUCACACACAAGGUCCACUUGACGGUAGUCUUUACGCCAAGGUUCGCAAGAAGGAUUCUAUUGUCGGGUGUGGGGGUGCGGUCAGUACCAACGGCCUCCCAGCAGUCGAUCACGCUCUUUCGGUCAGCAGUGACUCAGGAAACUCCACCGCCUCUAUUAAAACUGACCGGACCGAUGACCCUGGACAGCAGGUGGCAACGGUCACCCAACCUCUGAGCCCAGAGGAGAAGAAAGAGCUAGAUCAACUUUUGAGUGGCUUGGAGGCGCCCAUGCAUCGGCAAGCUUUACUGGUGGCAGAGGCAGGAGGGGGCGGAGGAGGAAUGCGGCAUCUAGUGCCCGCACAAGUUCACGUGAACGGGCACAGUGUGGAGCGGGAGACUGACAUCCUGGACGAUGAACUGCCUAACAGCCAGGAAGCUAACAGCGUGGACAGCUUAGGAACACUGUCUUCCUUUGAAGGCCGAGCAACGCCCGCAGAGCUCUACUAUCAAACCGAGACGGUUAUAAAUGGACAAGAAGGUCCAUAUCUGGAGAAGACCAUGCUAGAGAAGGUGGCAGAGAUGCCUGGUCAUCGGAUUCGAAGCUCGUCCUCGGUGCAAGAACGCAUUAUGGACACUUCCGCUGUUUCGCCACCGAGCUACCCCAACCAAAAUGGUGGCAUUUACCGCUCACAGUCCUUUGGUUCUGCCACUGUUCCCAGCUAUGAUGUUGCUCCUAAGCUAAUGCCUAGAGCUCCAGCCAGAAGCACAAGCAGUAGAGAUGCAGUGCAGAGGGGUCUGAAUGUCUGGCAACAGCAGGGACAGCCGGGCGAGGUGGUCCCAGAGGCAGCCCACUUGAACCCAGUUCUGCAGAGCCACAGUCUGCCCGAGUUCCCAGGCACGGCUUCCCAGCAGGAGAUUGAGAAGUCCAUUGAGGCGCUUAACAUGCUCAUGCUCGACCUGGACCCAGCCAUGACCCAGGUGCCCAAGUCGUACAGUGCUCCCCUGACCUCUGCUUCAGUCUCGGUGGGGGGAAACAGUGUGGUCACCACUCAGCCUGGCAUCUUUGCUCAGGUACCAACUAGAUCCCUCAACGCUUUCCAAGCAGAUAUGUAUGUUCCAUCCUAUGCAGAAGACCCAUCUGCCACAUUCGGUCAAAUGCAACAAAGGCCUUCCAAUGCUUACCCACCAAGCACUGCAGACCCAUCUUACAUAACAGAUCAGUCUACCACAUUAGGUCAAGCACAUCCCUACAAUACCUAUCCGGUGAGCACUGUGGCACAGGCUUAUUCAACAGAACCAUCUCCCACAUUCAGCCAGGGGCCACAGAGGUCUACCAAUACUUACCAAGCUAGCCCUACCAUCCCAUCCUACCCAACAGAACCUUACAACUCCUUCAAUCAAGUGCAACAGAGGCCGACUAAUGCUUACCCAGCACACAGUGCAGUCCCUUCCUACACAACAGAACCGGCCAACGCAUUUGGCCAACUGCAACUGAGACCUCUCAACACCUACCCUGUAAAUACAGCAUCCCCGGCAUACUCCCCUGACCUCCAGGAACUUGAUUACCACAUUUCCUCCCCAUGCCUCCAGGGACCCCCUCGCAGCCAGAGCAUAGGUGGGGGAAGUGCCUCGUCCUCCCCUCUACCCCCUCUAAACUCCCAGUCACCUGCUUUUCCCAAGGCAGUAGAUCCAGAUGAGGAACGCUAUAACCUGGAGGGGAUUGUGGCCCACCGCGUGGCUGAGUACAAUGCUCGGAUCAAUGGCAUCUGUCAAAGCAUGAACCCUCGACCAUCUCUCCAUCGCCUCCGUUCUUACUCCUUCUCCGGUGUAACGUCCCGCGGAAUGUCUCCUGAUGAAUCGUCCGCUCCCAUGAGGCGUCGAACGACCAGCGAGGGACAGUACCAAAAUGGGCAGGAUACAGGCUCCGGCCACGGCAGCACUAUUCGCUCCCCAAUUCGCUGCGUCUCUCCCGAGGUGGUGAACUCCAUCGCCGCUAACCCAGGGGGAAGACCAAAGGAGCUUCACAUGCACAGUUAUCGGGAAGCAUUUGAAGAAAUGGACGGGACUCCUCUAAGUCCCACGACCAGCAGUGGUGGUGAGGUUUUCUCCCAAACCCCAGGUUUUCCCAUCUCACCACAAACCCCUUACUACAACCUGAUUCGCUCACCCCCUGGCCUCGCAAAAACCCCCCUGUCAGCCCUGGGAUUAAAGCCACACAACCCAGCUGAGAUCCUACUGCAGCAGUCUGGACAAGAACCCAGGAGUUACGUAGAGUCUGUCGCCCGGACUGCCGCAGGGGGAGGAGGUGGCCAGCAGAGCUACAGUCCUGGGAGGCAUGCAGCCCCCUCCCAUGCCUUCACCUCCCCCCUGUCCCACAGUAGCCCCAUCCACAGCAUUGAAUGCAGUUAUCCUUCUGCUGACAGCAGUGUCCAAAUGGGCACCCCCACACACCCAAUAGUUGACUCAAGUUUCCGCUCGCAGGGAUCAGAGAGCACCUACCGCACGCCAACUCCCUCCUACCCAGGAACGGGCGGCAUGCCAGGCAGUUACGUUGGUCCUGACUAUAGCCCCUACCAGCCUGAGGGUCCUCAAGUUAGUGUAAUGGGUGUCCACAAUGUGCCUGGAAGCCCCCACACCCUCCACCGAACAGUGGCCACGAACACGCCUCCAAGCCCAGCCCUGGCAAGAAGGAUGGUCAACCAAGGGAGCCCAGCUAUGGGACGCAACAUAGUCACUGCAAACAGUAGUGAACCUGGCACUCCAAACAGUCCCAUACUUGGCAGGCAUCCCAUGGUGACACAAAUUACCCCAGGAAGCCCAAGUCUGGAGAGACACGUUGUGUGCGGGUAUUCCAGUCCAGACGAGAGGCAUGGCACACUGUCACGGCAAAGCAGCUCGUCCGGAUACCAUCCCCCCUCAACACCAACCUUCCCCAUCACCACAGCUGGCUACACAGAGAGCACGGGGCUCCGCCAGGGCAGCCCAGCCCCUCUGCUCCCAGAGAAGAGACGCAUGUCCAGUGGGGAGCGCCCCAAUGGUGCGUUAUCUUACGGCACUCUGAAUGGAAAGAUGUCCUCUCCAGUUUCCAGUGGGGGCAGCACGCCUAGCGCAGCAUUUUCCCAUACGUUGCCAGACUUCUCCAAGCUCACUAUGUAUGAUGGAAGCCCGGAGACCAGGGCCAAUGUGAAGUUUGUGCAGGAUACGUCUAAGUUCUGGUAUAAGCCUGAAAUUUCUCGGGAGCAAGCAAUCGGCCUGCUGCGCGAUCGGGAGCCAGGAGCCUUUGUGAUCCGAGACAGCCACUCGUUCAGGGGUGCCUAUGGUCUGGCCAUGAAGGUAGCGUCUCCACCCCCCACCGUAGUGCAGCAAAACAAGAAAGGUGACAUAACCACUGAGCUGGUGAGACACUUUCUGAUAGAGACAAGCCCCAAGGGGGUGAAGCUUAAAGGGUGCCAGAAUGAACCUUACUUUGGGUGCCUGUCUGCAUUGGUGUAUCAGCACUCCAUCACACCAUUGGCUCUGCCUUGCAAGCUUGUUAUCCCAGCACAAGAUCCUAAUGAUGACACCCCAGAAACAUCAACGCCCUCAAAUUUGGCCUCAGAACUUCUCAAGCAGGGAGCAGGACAGAGAGUGCCUCCUGCUGCCCAUGCAUGCAAUGUUCUCUAUUUGAACUCCGUGGACAUGGAAUCUCUUACUGGUCCCCAGGCCGUUGCCAAGGCGAUCUCACAGACUCUGUCCGCGAACCCGCCACCCAAUGCCACCAUCGUUCACUUCAAAGUAUCUACACAAGGCAUCACACUCACUGACAACCAGAGGAAGCUUUUCUUCCGUCGCCACUAUCCCAUAAACACAGUCACAUUCUGUGACCUGGAUCCACAGGAGAGAAAAUGGAACAAGGCUGAUGGUGGCACAGCAAAGUUCUUUGGAUUCGUGGCUCGUAAACAAGGAAGCACGACAGAUAAUGUUAGCCAUCUCUUUGCAGAGAUGGACCCAGACCAGCCUGCCACCGCUAUUGUCAACUUUGUCUCCAAGGUGAUGCUCGACAACCAGAAACGAUGAGCUACCAGCGUCGGCCAUUUUGUGUUUCAUGAGUCAGGAGGUGUUUUUUUUUUUUUUAUUAUUUUUUUUUUUAAUUUUGUGCUAGUGUUCCUUUGUAUUGUUCUUGGAAGGACUUGGAGUUGAUCCGAGAUGGAGAUAGAGAAAGUGCAUCAUGGGAUAGAGGCAGUGCUAGUGGUAGGGGAAAAUCUCGAUUUAUCGCAUCAAAAGAAAAAGGUCAGGGAACUUCCUUUUGAUGGGAAGUAACAAAAGCAAAGUUGAGUGAAUGGGAUGCUGAAAUCUAACCAGCUUUUGGAUUAAUUAAUCAAAGCUAGGUGUUGGUUUAAAACCCCAAAGAGAAACUUGCCAUGUUUUAAAAUAUAAAACAUACCUUAACAAAUGGUGAUUUCUAUUUGAAGAUAUUGGUCUUUAACAGUGUGUAGAAAAUUACAAAUGGCAUCUACUCAUCCUUAUGAAGAUGACAUAAAAUAAUAUGGAUGUACACUUUGUCUACCAAAUAAAACGUGUAUAGUCAUUUAUAAUGGUUACUGGGCUCUGUUAACAGGUAGUGGAUGCUUAAAGGGCUGCAGCUAUCGUCACUCCUCUAAAUACAGUCAACCUGUAAUGGAUGGAGGCAACACCAUAUAUUGGUUGGUAACUGCCAUGAUAGGUCUAGGAUUACAAUCUAGAUUGAUUUGUUAAUCCCAGAACAUGGAGAUUUCAGUGGUUGGAGGUGGAUUACUCAUGUCUGUGGACACAGGACUCCUGAAUGUACUGCGUUUAGCUGUAGUCUUGUUAUUAGGCUUUGCUUUGCUUUCUAAAGAGGGUAAGUGCCUGACAGAACACAUAUUUGAAAUGACUUUUCCUGCUUAAACACACACUGUUCUUCAAGAGAUAGAAAGACUCAGAAUUAGGUGCAAGUGAAAUCAAAGUGGUGCCCUUUUUAUUGCCAAAACAAGCAUGAUUUACUUCAGAGUCAGACAAGUAUUUAGUGUUAACCGACCUUAUUUAGUGUUAGAACUAGACAAACUGCUAGAUAUACCUACACCAACUAUGAAAUGUUGCUUGUAGAAAUGUUGACCAUACAAACAGUCACAAUCAAGGGAAUAUAAAAUUCGAUGUUAAACCCCUGUCAGUUUUUGAUCUAUUUGCAAAAAGACUCCCAUGCCUUAGAAGCCUGAGUUGAAGACUUAAGAGCCAAAGUAUACUAAAUCUUAUUUCAGCCACUGUGUGAGCAAGGACACUUUUUGAAACUAGACUAUUGCAUUGGAGCAGUUGAUGGACCACAUCAAUGUCUUUUGAGAAAGCCAGUGAAAAAAAAAAAAGAACAAUUAGAAAACAUUUGGUUUUGCAUCAUUUCUCUUAGUAGGAAUGAUGUUUUUUUUUUUUUAUUUCAUAGAGUAAGCGGGUUAAACAGAUGAAAGAUUACUGAAUCAAAUGUCUUUUUUAUUUGUAUUUCCACAAGUACUAGAACUGAAGGAACUUUUUCAGUGAGUUUUGCAGGACAAGCCAUUUUCCCUGUCAAAGGUUACAUCUUCUCUCUUUAGACACAAAUACAAAUAUAGCUACAACAUCAUAUAAGUAGAGAUGUAUUCCUAUCACUGCACAAGAAAUGGCCUUAUAAAUAUAUAUUAUACCGAAAAGUUAAGUAAGCUAAUCAAAUAUAUAUAAAAAAAAAAAAAAAGUUACUUUACUAAAUAUUUAUUUUUUGCCAUGUCGCGCUAGUUUAACUGAUAUAUACAAAUCAUGUAUAGUCUACUUAAGAGAAAGCAUUUAAAAACAAAUAUUUUGGCUAAAAAUGCAAAAUUGACAGAUUUUAACAACAUUUAAGAAAUAUAUAAGAUGUAAAAUGUAUGUAUGUUAAAGCUUGUCACUAUAUGAAUAUUUUUUUCACUCCUUUAUUAAUUCUUUCAUAAUAUUCUUCUGUGUCAGGCAUAUAAAGGGUUAAAUUCACAGAACGGAUAGAAAAGAAAGGAAAAUAUCUAUCACUGUUUUUAGAACUAUGUGAAUAUAUGCAUUGUAUGUGUUUCAGUACUAAAGUAAAAUAUGUUAUAAGGGCAACAUAAGGAACAAACAUGUACCGAUGUAUAUUAAAGUUAAAGGGAAGGCCAGGAUUUUUUACACUUGACAUGUUUAAAAAUAGUUCAAGCACACAAAUAAAUAUAAUUUAGUCUUAGCUCAAUUUCUAAUUGGGCUUUUGAAUUUAUGGAUAAAGAAUUGAAUCCCACAUUUUCUACAUUGGUCUGUUUGUUUACUUGCUGAGAAGAGCAGCUGUUUUCAGAGAGUAAAAAGAAAAAAGUACAGUAACAAGAAGGAAACUUUCAAUGAAGAAUUGUGUCAAGUGCAUAGAACCUGAAGCCUUUUAAGAAGAGUGAUUUUGGGUUGAAUUGCUGGUGGGAGUUUUCUGUAUAAAAAGGAGCGAAAGCAGGAAUGAGGCAUGCCAGGUCAUUUAGAAUCCAGCCAACCCAUACAAAGAAAGAAAUGCUACAGUGUACAGUGUGCCUUCGCUAUAUUGAUAAAAAGAGGUCUAGCAUUGGCUACUAAAACAGAAAGAAUUAAAUAUCACAUUUAGACUCGUAGUACUUCAAUUUUAAAAUAUUUUUAUUCACACCAAUGUGAUACUCAUAAAACUUUUUGCUUUGUUUUGUUUUAAAUAGUAACUAGAUGCCUGACAUUGAUCUACUUUCUACAUUAGAAUCCAGACUCCCAUUUUUUUCUGAAAUAUCUUUUCCAAAAGAAGCAAAUAGUCUUUGGAAAGUCCUGGAUUCGAGUUUUAAAGUUAGCGUGGCUUAAGAUUUGCUGCCAUCUUCUGUUGCAAACUGCUAUUACCAUUUGGCAAUCAAUAGAGAGAGAGAACUAACAUGCCUUAUAGCAUGGUUCACUGUACAGUACUGCACUGCAUACUCUUGUAACUGAACAGAAGGAUUUAGAGGGGUGUCUUUGUCUGUAAUAGCUGCUGUGAUAAAAUGUAUGUUGCAAACACCAUUCUACUGUAUUCUGUACAUUAUGAUAGCAGAGACAUGUCUAUAUCAGAGUUGAACUACAGUAUAGCCUCUAAUUUUCCCAGCUUUCCCAUCCCUGGGCUGCUUCGUCACAGGAGGACAACUGAUAAUUUCUAAGCUAACCCAGGCUUGCCAUAGAUACCUCGGCUCACUUAUAUAUAAUUAUAUAAUUCACAUCAUUUGGCAUUUAAUUAUAUAAUAUAUAAUUCACAUCAUUUGGCAAUGAUGUGGAAGAAACCAGAGGAAUACACCUGCAGCGGACAUCUAAGUAUAUCUAAGCAUGCCAAAGGGCAUGUGUUAUGUGUGCUGCCAAAACAAUAUCUCUUUGGGUCAUCCAGCUAUAGCACAUUUGAGAUAUUCUGAACUGGACAAUUAUCCCAGAUCUUCACGAGGAGCAUACAUAAGCACACCUGAGCAUGUUGAAGGACAACAUACUCAUUUUCUUUUUUGGACACCCAGGUAUAAAAGUUAGAAGCCCAUACCUGAGCUCAGAUAGCUGGUACCUAUUGCAGUGCUGCAGACUCCAGACCAGCCAAACACAGCAGAAUGCACUCUUGAAGUAAAAUCCUAUAAGGUCUAGAAGAACUACUCUAGCCCGACUUGUAUUGGAAGUGAGUAUUUUUUGGACCACAACAGCUUGUCCUAAAAUAGAACUCCCCCUGGUUGUCGAAGAGCGUGCCCUGUUUUUCAAAACUAGCCAAAGAAAGAGUGAAAUCACACUCCCUGGUAUUAGUAAAUAAUUCCUCUUAUGCUUUCUUUCUCUUAAACCACCUUGCUGGAAUAUCUAUGUAUAUACAAAUAUUUCUUCAGUUACAUAACAUACAUAUUGUUGGUUUAUAAUAGAAAAGCCACAUUUAUUCAAUAAUCUUUAACAAGGUUUCACAAAAGUCCCUACUUGAAACUUGUUGUUGUUUUGUUAUUUAUGUGUUCAUGGAUUUCAGGUUUACAUGAGUAGCUUUGGUGAAGUUUUAUUAUUAUUAUUAUUAUUAUUAUUAUUAUUAUUAUUAUUAUUGUUUAUCAUCCUACCUUGCUUUUAAAAUGUUGUACCGUCCCUCACCUUUCAGAAAGAACUGGUGACAUAUGGUACUUCCAAUUUGUCUUCAGACAACUGAUGAGGUGAAUUCAGUCCCACUAAAAACUUUAUGCACUUAAAAGGCUGGGGAGGUAGCUAAACCGAAAGAGCAGUUAUCGACUAACAGAUACACCAAGACAAUAAGCAAUCAAAUAAAAUACUUUCACCUGAUUACUUUUUUGACUAGACUACAAGCAUGCCUAAGCAUUUCUUAAUGUUUCUUGAAAUGUCGUCCUUUUUUUAAACUACAGACAAUAUAAAAAUAGUAUGUACUGCACAUAAACUGUGUGUAACUGACAAGUAGCCGUGGAUAGUAGUUUAAGGAUACAUUGUAUCAACUCCAGUGUGCCAAAUAAUGUAAACAUUUUCCAUUUUCCUUAUACUAUAAGUCUUUAUUUGUUUUAUGAUACUAAAUUCACUUAAAUACAAUACAUUAAAUGGUGUUUAUGUGAAUUAUUAGAUUCUAGGACAUAAAUGAUACAUAUAUUGUCUGGAUAUGAUAUCAUAUGUUAGAAACUGUAGUCGAAAUACAUCCUGGAAUUUGUAUUGCAGUGUAUUGCUGAUUUGAAAUCCAGCAAUCUAAACGAUUUGGUAAUUCUUGAUUCAAUGAGUUCUCCCAGAUACCAGUGUCCAUUUACAUGCAAACACAUCAU